GUUUCAAUUGAGCAGGUUAUUAAUUCCUCUUCUUUCGCACAUAGUUUUCUAAAAUCCACCAUGCCCAUCUUUCCCUUAUCAAACUCUAAAUGCUCUUAUGCAACCUUAAUUACAUUUGCAAUAUUCUCCUCAACUUUCCUCUUCAUAGUAAAUUCAUCCACACCUAAUUCAUGUAACGAUCCUUACAAGCAACUAAACCUCAUCCAUAACCCGAAUGGUUCAGUCACUCGCCCAAACAAGCCUCCAGAGAGCCCUCCCUCACUGAAUCCCACCCUCCCCGUGCUCUCCAAGGACCUCACCAUCAACAAAUCAAAGGGCACAUGGGCAAGGAUCUACCUACCCCGCAAAGCACUGGACCAUAGCUCUAAGCUUCCCUUGGUGGUUUUCUUCCAUGGAGGAGGGUUCAUCUUCCUCAGUGCAGCCUCAACAAUCUUCCAUGUUUUCUGCUUCAACAUGGCUAACGAUGUUGAAGCGGUGGUUGCGUCCGUAGAGUACCGUCUCGCACCAGAACAUAGACUCCCCGCGGCGUAUGAUGAUGCUGUGGAGGCGCUGCACUGGAUCAAAACCAAUCAAAAAGAUGAUUGGCUCAUCAACCAUGUUGAGUAUUCUAAUGUGUUUCUCAUGGGUGGUAGUGCAGGAGGAAACAUAGCCUACAACGCGGGCUUACGUGCAACUGCUGGAGAUAAACAAGUUUCUAACAUCCAAGGGCUGAUAUUGGUUCAACCAUUUUUCAGUGGGACCCUUAGGACCGGUUCAGAAUUGAGGAUGGUGAAUGAUUCUCAUCUGUCACUGUGUUCUAAUGACAUGCUGUGGGAGUUAUCUCUACCCGUUGGAGUCAACCGUGAUAAUGAGUAUUGCAAUCCUGCGGUGGGGAACGGUCCUGUGAGAUUGGAAGAGAUCAAACGGCUUGGAUGGAGGAUAUUAGUGACCGGCUGUUCGGGUGACCCGCUCAUGGAUCGGCAAGUGGGGCUGGUGAGGUUGAUGCAGAAGGAGGGUGUGAGAGUUGUGGGACAUUUCACGGAAGGAGAUUAUCAUGGUGUCCAAGACAGUGAGCCUUUGAAAGCAAAGCAACUCUUUGUGGUAAUCAAGAGGUUUAUUUCAUCUUUGCCUCCCUAGGAUUAUAUGAAGCACUAUCUUUCAUAUAUAGUUGUUAUUUUAUCUUUCCAAUUAACCUUGUAAUUCUUAUUGAGAAGUUGACACUUUUAUACAGUAGAAAAAGAUCAAGUCGUGGUUUAUCGACUACCCAA